CAUAAUUUUCUAAACACAAAUUUAAAGUCGAGUAUCUUGCAUUACAAAAAAGAAAAUUAAACUGAAAAAAAUAUGGCUUCAUCCAGAUUUCAACUUGUUGCUCUUCUCGUCAUCUUAUCUCUCUUUAUUACUGCUCAAUCCGAAGAAAAGGAGAUAAUAGAUGGACCAUGCCGCUUAAGAGGAACGUGCAACAACGAUAAGGACUGCGACGCCCAUUGCCACAAGAGCACCGACCCUACACCCAUGGACGGCCGAUGCCUCUUCGACAAACCCACCGGUCCCGUUUGUUGCUGCUUAUUUGAUUAAAUCAUCAUAUACAUCUAUUUUUUUUCUUCUACAAAUCUCUAUCGUAUGAUCUUAUAUUUUCUUAACUAAUAAUUAUGUGAAGAUAAAA